AUGGGUCAAGAGCAAUCCUAUAUCGCUCAUGCCAGCGUUGCACCAGUGAAGAAAUAUCACAAUAAUUACGAAGAUCCGAUACAAUAUAGAGUAUCGCCUAUCGAUUACCGAACGAGCGACUACGAUAGGAAAGAUUAUAAACGCCACAGAGCUAGGAGUAGUGCUGAAAGCUUCAAAAGUGACAAUUCUUCGAACGAAAGCAGCGGAUAUAGAAGCGGGUCCAGUGCUUACGAGAGCCGUUCUGACGGAUCUUCUAACAGCGACUAUUAUUGCACAUCACUGUACAAGAAUAAUAAUUAUAAAGACGUAAACAAAGAAAUUUACAAACCAGUUAAAUUACCCAAAGAUAAAAACUUCAAGCACUUGUUAGACGAUAAGGAAGAAAUAAAGAGCGCUAGAUUGAAAGGUUACCAUAGUGAUACUGAGAAAGCGAAGCUGGAGACAGGACCGACACCUAAAAAGGCCGGUAUACGAAAUUAUACGCCUAAAAUAAUAUCGGCGGACGAACAGCGGAAAAAGAUAGAAAACUGGAUU